GCUUCAUGUAGGCCUCAAAGGUCAUACCUAUGUCCGGAGCCAACACCAUCGCGACGGCUACAUGUCUCCUGGAGACUGGUAUAAUCCCCAUGGAAGAGCCGGAAACAGUCGUGAAGCUGGAUGCACCAGCUGGUUUGGUUACUGUAUAUACCAACUGCAGCAACGGCAAAUGCAAGAGAGUCAGAUUUCACAACGUUCCGGCCUUUGCCUUUGCCCUUGAUAAGGAGAUCACGGUCCCAGGACUCGGUACUGUUAAGGUUGAUAUCGUUUACAGCGGCAUGAUCUUCGUUUUGGUAGAUGCUGCUUCCGUGGGGAUCAACAUAAAGAGUUCGCAAGGAGCCAAUAUCGUUGAAGUUGGCGAGCGCAUCAAGCGUGCUGUGGCAGAGCAGACCGACCCGGUCCACCCUGAAAAUCCGCAAAUCCGCGGUGCCACCAUUCUGGAAUUUACAGACCCCGUUACAAACUAUACAGACGGGAAAGCCUCACUUAACACAGUUGUUGUAUCGCCUGGACGACUUGAUCGGAGCCCUUGCGGCACUGGCACUUGCGCCCGGUCAGCAGCUCUCCAUGCAAGAGGCGAGUUAGCUGAUGGCGAGCCCCUCUACCAUUAUGGCAUUACUGGAACGGAGUUUAUCGGCCGUAUGCAUGGAACCACCAAGGUCGGAAAUUACGAUGCCGUUUAUCCUUCUGUGACAGGCAGUGCUUGGAUUACAAGCUUCAAGCAGGUUGUUUUAGAUGCGACGGAUCCAUUCCCAGAGGGGUUGCGGGUUGGAGACGUGUGGAAAAUGGACUCCGAGGAAUGA